UCAACAAAGAAAUCGAGUAUACCAUAGCUCAAGGAAAUGAAAGCUUACCAAUGCAGUACUUUGAUAUUGAAAAGAAAUCCGGGAAAGUUUUUUUGAAACAAGGAUUAUGCGCGACAACAAGUUCUCAAUUCCAGUUUAGUGUGAUUGCGAAAGAUAACGGUUCCCCUCCAUUAACUGGAGAAAGUAUGGUGACUAUUCAAAUAAUCAGGAAUUCCCAACCUCCAGUGUUCCUAAACACACCCUAUAGAUCCGCCAUAACCAGAGCUGUCCAGGACAACUCGGCCUUACCCGGAGUCAGUGUAGCAACCACGGACGCUGAUACAGUGAGCCCCUUCAAUGUUGUCUCAGUGACGGUGAUUGGAGAUGAUUCCGCAGUGAGUCUAUUCAGACUGGAUGGAUCCAACAUUCGAGUUCAGAAUGCAGCCAAUUUGGCAGCAGACACUGCCAAUACUUACAAG